AGACGCUGCCAGCCUCGAGCUGCCUCUUAAACCAAAACACAGCCUGGUGUCAAAGCCUCUCGAACGCGCACAUCUGCAUCACAGUCGCUGCCCUGUGCCUCAGUCCUCUCGUUUCUCCACAGAUCAUCAAAAGGCCGUGUUUCCAUUGAACCCAGGCGGAGGUGAGAGAUGUCUUCCCCGGCGCAGGAGAGGAGCUCCGCCGCUCCGCUGCUCGGCGCAGUGCUGCUGCUCGUCUCGCUCUCCGGUUGUGCAAGCAUGGAUGUGCUCGUGCCCAGUUUCAUAAAUGCACUGAACGGAUCCAGUGUCAAAAUCCCCUGCACGUUCACAUCCUGCUACAAGAUGGAUUUGAACACGUUUAUCAUGAACUGGACCUACCAAGAAACAUACAACGACACAAAGGAAAUGUUCAUGAUCUUCUCUAAGAGGAAAGAAAUGGUGACUCUGAGGACAGACCGGUUUGGAGAGAGGGUCAUGUUUGCUGGGAACCUGGAAAAGAACGAUCUGUCCAUCACAUUGUCAGAUAUCCAGGUGGAGGAUAUGGGAAUUUACAACUGCUAUGUGAUGAAUUUCCCAGACCGCACUGAGGGAUAUGGUUCCAUACAACUUAAUGUGGUCACUGAACUUCCCCCGCCAAGGGACUCCACCAUUGCAGUAGCAAUCGGGGCAUCGGUGGGCGGAGCCUUGGCUCUGCUGAUCCUCUCCAUGGUCGUGUUGAAAUGCCUCCGUCGACACAAGAAACAGGAACUGAUUCCGGAGGAAAAGAUGGAGGAGGAGGGUAAACUGGACCCUGAGGGUGUUGCUGAGGAGGGAACCAAACAACAAUAGCCGGGUCACCAGCUUGAACCCACAGACUGUGGAGCUCUGAUCCCCAACACCUCCUACGACCAUCAUCCUGAAGAUCUAUAGUAACCACUGCUUGAAUCACUGUCCACUGAUGCUCCCCUGCCCCCCUGCAGGGCUCCAGACUAACUUUUCUCCGCCUAACUUUUUCAUUUAAGUGCACCAGCACAUAAUUUAGGUGCACCCAAUAUGUAUCACUGUGCCCCUUGGCAACGCAAUAAUACACCUAUUAGACCAUUUCUUUGAUUUGUUCAAAUAUCGAUUCAGUUCAGGAUAUUUCACUGUACAAUACCAAGUUUGCCUAGAUAUGAAAUCAAUUCUCAGAGAACUAAAGCUGUAAACUGGACAAGGAAACCCCUAACUUGCUGCAUAAAAAUAUUAAGGUAGGCCUGUCACAAUAACACAUUUUGUUGGAUGAUACUUUGUCCCAAAAAUUAUUGAAAUAUCUGAUAUUAUUAUCCUCAUCAUCGGGAAACCAUUUUAAACCACUGGUAUAAAUAUUGAUAUUUAAAAUAUCCUAAAUAAGUAAAGUAUAAACCACACACAACCAAAACAAUACAUACAAUGGAAUCUCUGGCUCGGUUAAAAAAAAUGUAUCUUGAUUAAACAUUAAACAUUUGGCUCAGGAUAUAUGUUACCGGCUCAGCAAACAGGAAGGGAUAGUUAUUAUCUGGGUGAGCUUUUAAGCUUUGAUUGUAUUGGGUUAGUAUUCCGGAGUUACACCUAGGAGUUUGUUUAUGUGUGGGUUGGAUUAUUGGGGGAUUGUUUAAAUGCGUGUCUCAUAAACUCUCAAGUAAAUGUCAGUGCUGUUCAGAUCUAAAUAACUUGCGGGAUCACAUCCAGGUAGAGACUCUGACGCGCAGCAAACCAGCCGCUGCUUCAUCUCUGAUCCGGGAUCAGCAGAUCUGAACAAUUCGAAUUAGUGAUCCGUCGCGGAAACCCUGUAUUCACACGUUUUGUCGCCACUGCUUCGAUCACCUCCUAUUCACCCUCAUCUCUGCUUCACUGUCUGUGUCUCCGUCUGUGAGUGAGUGCGUGUGGGCAGGGCCAGUGUGUCUGUGAAUGUAAACUCUGCAGAGGCGACACGACUUGAACAAACACAGAGACACACCAGUUAAAUGUCAGCGGUGUGGCCAAGGACAUUUGUCAGUCGCACUCUGGAGCCCUGCCGUGCGUGAGCGAGUGAGUGAGUGAGUGACCUUGAGAGAGAGAGAGAGAGAGAUCUGUAUGUCUGUAGGAUGUGUUUUUUUUUAAAAAGCCACGGAACAAUUUUUUCAACAUAACCAUUAAACAUAUUAUUUUAUUCUUAGCUACAAUUCAAUAUCAAUAGCUUUACAAGUGACAAGAGUUUAAUGGCACACUAUAUGACAGAAUGGGGCCGGACGCUAUCACCUAAGCUUUAUAGCAUGGUAUCAAAAUGUAAUAUUUUUAAUAUGGAGUGUUGUUAAUAUCACAAUAUACUUUACUCUCAUGAUUUUAUGGGAUGUUAUUUCCAAUUCAGGGCUUUGAGACAAAAACAAUUGAUUCCCUGAAGUCUAUCAUGAAUUAAUUAAUAAACCCAACCGUGGUUGGAUAUUUUUUGUGGUGGAAGUUAAAAGCCUCUCACACAGCAGAGCAGAUGUGUGUGUGUGUGUGUGUGUGUGUGUGUGUAUCUGUUGUGUGAUGGGAAACUGUGCCGUUUGCUCUUCUGUCUCACAGCAACUUUGGGAUUUGGUUUUGGGUGAAUUGUUUUAGGUUAACGUAUUGUGAAUUUAUUGCCUUAAAGCCAUGUCUCUCCACUGUGCGUCUCGAUAACAUGUCUUGACAUAGACAACAGAAAUAGUGCAUGUGUAAUGUGUGCAUGUGCUGUGGCCUUCCACAGCCGAACUUUGCUAAAUGAUGUCUACAUAUCUCGAUGGUGUCAGCUUGUGUCUGAGCCAGAGAUCAUUCUUAAACAUUCCUGAAACGCGUUGAGGUUUCUCUAGCAAAAAACAGUCGCCCUGCAUAGUGACUUGUCAUAAAGGAAACAGCACAGGUUCUGUUUAUCAAUUUAAAACUGGGUCUGUUAUAGACAAACGCCGGGACACACCCUCUCUCCAAAAUCACUGCCUAUAUGCAGUGCAGAUUUCGGUUUAAGUCUCAGAAGUCAAAAUUGCAAAAAUUUCCGAAUUCCCCCAAUUAAUAUUCAGGACCUGAAUUAAGGAAUUGUAAUUACUAUUUUGUUACUUUUUCACCUUGUGCGUUUUCUACUGUGACACGUCACACAUGUGGGCUGUAGACAAAAGGGAGGUUGAACAACAUAGCAUCUCAAUAACCUCAUGGUUCCGCCUUGGUCUUAUAUGUUCUUAAUUAGUUUUUGUUGUGUGUUAUGCGUGACAGAACACAGUGACAGAACGCAGUGUUAUGCGUUCUGUCAGUGACAGAAUGAACAACCGCACUGCUGCACAUGUGACAAACAGCUUGACUUUAACCUAUUUUAAUUCUCUGAACCAUCCAUCCCUAUGAUGGGCACUGGUCCAUCCUGCCUGCAGCCUUGUAUUAGGGUAUUUAAGGAUACAAUAAUUACAGUGUUUGUGACUGUAAGAUUCCGCGAUACAUUGUACAACCAUUUGCACAUUGCUUAGAAAACCAGUGACAGCGUGGCAAGCACUGGAGGACUAGUUGGAGAUAAAGUGACAUUUAGUAAAAAAAGAUAUGAAAGACAAUUUAAAAUGAAAAACUCCCACUACGUUGCAUGCACCCACAACGACAUAAAUCAUGUCAGUUUCAAACAUUGUUCACAUUUAUGGUAGAAUUGCAUAAACGUUGCAUAAUUAUAAACCUAUAUUAACAUACAUGACCCAUAUCACACACAGAUAGGAGCUGACUCCCACUAAAGGCAGUAAUAUAGGAAUCAAUACCAAAUCUCAAAUAUAAGAUGUGUAUGCUGAUGACUGACAGAGAGCAACUUUCAUUUUAUGUCAUACUAUAUUGGUAGAAAUACUUAUUUUGACACAUGAAGCGUUUACAGUAUAUUGAUAUGAGUGCAUGUCAAACAGUGCAUACCAAAAAUAAAAACAUUGUGGCAUGACCAACUGAGGAGACUUCCUUCUGCUCUGUUUGUUUUCCCAGAUAAACCACAGUGAAGACUAUAACAGCAUGUUAAAGCUGACCUGAUUUGUAUUUUUAUUUCAUUUUGACAUAUAUAUAUAUCUAUAUAUAUAGAUAGAUAUAUACACAUAUUUUGCUUGCAUACUGUUUGCAUUUGUAAUUUGAUUGACUAAGGUAUUUGCUUGCACUUUGUUAAAAUUCAACAACCUGCUGUAAAAUAUCCAUAAACAACUAAAUCCUUAAAUAUCUCACAAUAAAAUAGUCCAAAUCGUGAAAGAAAAAGUCUAUUGAGAAUCAAAUCUAAAUCUUUUUGCUCCAAUUCCAACCGAAAUCCUCCUGGAACCUUUUAAUGGAGAUCUAACACCUUUUAAACUCAGCCAUUGCACUUCAAUCCAAUUCACUAUUUAGUUUCUAUUUUAAAGCAGAUGAACAUAUUUAAAAAAAGAUACAAAAGUUUUAAAACGUAUAUUGUAGCUCUGCAUCCAAAGUAAUGCACUCACCUCAAAAGUAGUAUGAAACUGUAUUUUGCUAUUGCCCCAUUGUUUUGCACAUUAACACAUUGACACCUAUUCUUAUAUAAUCAUAAUGGAGAGCAUGUGAAUAUUAUGGAAAAGAAACCCUUAUCGAAAGGACAAACUGGAAUGUGUGGCUUUGGUCACAGAUGUUUGGUUAAACUGUUUUGGUCGUGUAAAUACUUGAUAAUUUAUUUGGUUGGAGCACUUUGAAUGUGAAAAAAUAAACAUAUUCCCUUAAAAAAAUACAGAACCUCUGUUAAAUGUCAAUAUUACAUGUUGGAGCAUGUUCAUCUCUGAAUGUCUUAUGAUGUUUGAAGUGUACUAGGCCAGCUCUGUCAUAAACUGUGAAAUGCUGUAUGUAACGUCACAUGCUGGCCCAACGUGUCACUAUCCGAGUGUGGGUAAUGCCUCUGAAUCAGUGGCUGCCUGUUCUUUAGAUCAUGUAUGAUUUCGAUAUCUAUGUUUCUUUCUUCCCGAAAAAAUACUAGUGAUUUAUUGUGAGAUUUCCUGAUGUAUCAAAAAAUAUUAAAAUAUUGUUUAUCAACAAUUUAAAACAGUUGAGGAAAUCCUCUUAAGUGCAGACCUGUACGGUUUGGAAGGUCCCGAAUUCUUCCGCGUUUCCUGGGACGCUGCCGUCUGUGUGUGUUCAUGCAUGUUUGAGUUGCAGGGUUUUGUGCGACCACACCCACCAGGUCAGGACACGGUCACAUUUGGGGCAACUUUGAAGCAGUGUUUACCACAAAGGUUUUCCUAGCAAUAUAUUUCGUCGUAUACAUAACUGUGAAUAGUAUCUACAAUGUUUCUCAAACUGAAAAAAAAAUAAACACCAUGUAGUGGACAGAUGUAUCAUUGUAUAUAAAACACCUCUGAUUGUGAGUUUGCCCUGAAUAGUUGCUCUUGUAUCACUUUAACUGUUAGUGGACACCAAACUUAUGCUUGCACUGUGUUGCCUCUAAAAAGCACCUGUCGUCACAUCAGGUAUUUUAAAUAAAGAUGAUUU